AGAGACACACAGUUUGGAGUACGGCGUCCGGGUUUCGCGUCCUCUUCCUCUGCAUCAGCUCCUCUCCAUCAUGGAUUCUCCUCGGACUCGUGCUCUGCUCUCCGCCGGGUAAACUCUGGACUUAUCACUCGUAUUAUGGGAAUAUAGCUGCUGUCGGUGCGCUCGGCCCCGUGGAUCUGUACAGCCUUGAUGGAAACCAUGUCACCGCAGCAGGGGACCAUGGGACAGAACAGGUCCGACUCUCUGACGGGAGACAGCAAAGCGCUUACCGACAACAAAAAGAAGAUGAAGACCUUGGCUCACAGGCGACAGUCGGCUCCGUCACUGGUCAUCAGCAAAGCACUUACCAGAUCGAGAAGCACAUCCAGGGAAAGCUGCCUGACGCCAGUCAGCCCAGAGUCAUGUCCCCUUGUCCAGGCCUUCCUGACUGAGUGUCCAGGCCGCCUAUUCCUGGGCCAUGCCCAAACACAGCUAAAGACAGGCCUGCAGACGCAGGAGAGACACCUCUUCCUCUUCAACGACACACUGCUCGUCGCCAAGGCCAAGUCUCCCACUCAUUUCAAAGUGAAGGCCCAAGUCAGAGUGUGUGAGAUGUGGACGGCGAACUGCAUGGAGGAGGUGUGUGAAGGAAGCACCAGCCCAGAGAGGAGCUUUGUCAUGGGCUGGCCCACCUGCAACUGCGUGGCCACCUUCAGCUCUGAGGAGCACAAGGACAAAUGGCUGGUGCUCAUAAAAAGCCGGAUAAUGGAGGGAAAAGAGAAGGAUGACCCCAAGACCAUUCCACUCAAGAUUUUUGCAAAGGAUAUUGGAAAUUGUGCAUACGCCAAGACGCUUGUGGUCAGCAACACAGACAGCACCGCUGAUGUCAUCCGCAUGGCUCUGCUGCAGUUUGGCAUAUCAGGUUGCGUUAAAGACCACCGGUUGUGGGUGAGCUCCAGUAAGGACGACCCUCCAUACCCUCUCAUUGGCCACGAGUUUCCCUUCAGCAUCAAAAUGAGCCACAUUCGGGAUGGUGGGAGCAAUGGUGGAGGACUAGGAAGGGAUCCAGCGAGCCCCACAGACUGUCCAGGGGUGCUGCUUCUGGACCAGUGCCUCCCUCCAGACACCCAGUGCCAGUUCAUCCUCAAACCCAGCAAGGUUGCCCCAGGACAGGCUCAACUUAUAGAGCCUGGUCAGCAGAAGUCGUUUAAGAGAAAGAGGUCUCUGAUCAACUGGCCCUUCUGGAGAGGCUCCAACACACAGCUGGACGGCCUGCCCCUGUCCCCAACCUCACUGUCUCCCACUCAGGGACGGCUGUUCGGACGACCCCUGAGCUCUGUCUGCUCUCCAGACCACGGCCUGCCCAAGCCUGUCAUGGACAUGUUGGUGUUCCUGUACCUAGAGGGGCCUUAUACCAGGGGCGUCUUCAGGCGGUCAGCUGGGGCCAAAGCCUGCCGGGAGCUCAGAGACAGACUGGACAGUGGGACGGAGGACCCAGAGAUCUCACACCAGUCUGUGUUCAUCAUUGCUGCCGUCCUCAAGGACUUCCUGCGAAACAUCCCUGGCAGCCUGUUGUGUGUGGAUCUGUAUGACCAGUGGAUGGAUGUGAUCGAUGGGGAAGGAGGGGAGGAGAGGACUCAAGCUGUCCAGAGGCUGCUCCACCUUCUGCCCAGUGAGAACCUGCUUCUGCUGCGACAUGUGAUCGCCAUACUGCACUGUAUCCAAGGCAACGCCCACGACAACCAGAUGAACGCCUUCAACCUGUCUGUCUGCAUCGCUCCCAGCAUGCUUUGGGCUCCGGCACCUAGCACCCCUGAGAUGGAGGGGGAGGGCACCAAAAAGGUGUGUGAGCUGGUUCGCUUCCUCAUAGAGAACUGCAGCAGUGUCCUGGGUGAAGACGUCACGUCACUGUUCAGAAGCUUCAGCCAAAAGAGCAGCAGCAGUGACCACGGAUCAGAUGUGUCGUCCUUCCAGAUGAAUGACUCGUCCUAUGACAGUCUGGAGAAUGAGCUAAACGAUGACCCUGAGUCACCCUACCAGGAGCAGCUGCCGCUUCGCAACAAGGACAAGCCCGACAGCCGCAGCUGUGACUCUGUCAUUACCCUCAGUGACUGCGACCCCGACCCUGAGGCUGACCUCCAACUGCAGCUCCCCCCGCUGGCCAGACCCCGGAGGUUCAGCCCUGCAGUUCGACAGCCUCGCACCCGCCAGACCAAUGGCCCGUCGCAGGGCCCCAGGAGGCUGAGGAGGAGUUCGGAGCCUGCCUUGGCCCUGGCAAGCACCCCGCCCUCAGGCACAGUGACAGUUCACGCUGAUAACUCUCGCCUGCCAGUAAGGAAGGCGAGCUAUGAUGCUGCCAUGGAAGGAGAGGGUGACGAGGAGGAGGAUGAGGUGUUUCUGGAACAGAGGCUGAAUGGGCUGCAGCUGAAGGAGGAGGGAGAGGCUGGACGUGAGAAGGGAGGAGCCAAAGGUCAAAAUGGUGGGUGGAGGAAGGUGAAGCACGCUCCUCCACCUCCAUUGCGUCUGGAUGCCAGCUGUUCCAGUCUGUCGUCACCUGCGACCUCACCCACUGGCUCCUCCCUCAGCUCUUUAGACUCCGCCUUCUCACAGUAUUCUACUGACUACGCCACCAAUGGAGUGAUUCCAUUGGCUGAGCCCGCUCCUCUCUCACCUCUCUUUCCUGCACGGCCCCAGCUGUCACCCAGGAGCUCCCCCCCUCAGAGGGAUGCCGCGCCUAAUUUUACACCGCCCGCCCAGCCCCCUCGGACCAGCCAAACCACCCCCCACCCCCAUGGCCUCCAUCCUAACACAUGGCUUAAGAAGGACCGCCGCCUGUCUCUAAAGCAGCCUGAUAAUGGACACACAGAAGAGGAAUCGCCUAUGGUAAACGGAAAAAGCCAUCCAACCAGUAAUGGCUACUCUGCCGGGGCCUUGGAGGCCACGGUAAUGAAUCGAAACUGCCAACGGAGAUCCAGCAGCCCUCCGUCCUACCAGCAGGCUCUGCUGCAGCUGCAGCACAGCCGCUCUCCUUUCUACAAGGGGACAGAGAAACCCCUGACAGUCAAAGAGCUGAGGCAUCUCCACAACCAGACCUGUAGCUACAGACCGCUAAUCCCAGCUUCUCCUGACAACCUCAAACCACCCACAGGAAGUGACGUCACACAGAGGCAGUCUGGAAAUGAGCGUGUGCAGCCCCCACAGGGGGUUUUCUAUGGACAGAGCGCCACUACUCUGGUCCUCCAGAGGCAAAAGUCCCACUCUCUGACUCCGGCAACGGAGGUACACAGAGGGAGAAGGACCCUUCCCCUCCCUCGCCGAGCAUCUGAACCUGCCAAGGUUACUGCGAACUCAAACUCCUCCUCCAGCCUCACCCCGAACAGACCUCGUAUUUCUGUGGGUCAGACCCAAGAUGGCGGCCUGAGAGUGUCGGACGUGGAGCCCAACCACGCCGAACCACGCUUCUGCCUGUCUCCCUCCGCCACCCGUGCUGUAAGGGACUACUUUUCCUCACAGGAUCAGGAGGAUCAAGACGCCUGCUUGCGGAGGAGUCAGGAGGUGGCGCUAGCUAUUGUGCAGGGGAAGAGGGAGUGGCAGAGCAGGCGGUGCAGCGACCCACGAGUGGACGACUUCGAACAGCUUUUUUUUGCAGAAGAGUCAUACGUGUAAAUAAGGACUUUGUACAGGCAAACUUUGUAUGAGAGACUGAUUUUUACCUGAUACUCUCACUUGUAUACAGCUGUUGUCAUUAUUGAUAAGAUUAUAUUCCUCUAUAUACACCUUUCUCCUUGUGGCAGCAGUAGUUUUCCCAAUAUAAAAAAGGUGUUCCAGUUUACUGUAAUGGUACAUCCAAGGUUUAAAACUGUAAACGGUACAGAUGCACUUCCUGCUUCAGUGGUUCUCCUCCUUGUGGGCAUAGUCUCUAUAUUGUGACAGACAUCUGACAGUACAUUGAAAAGACUGAACUUGUUGGUUAUAAUAUACUAUAAAAGAAGUUUAAAAGAGCUUUCGUGUCUUUUACAAUGGCAUUACUUUGUGGCAUUGCAGUUGGGAUCCUCAAAAAAAUAAUUAAUUGAGCAGAGAUGCCUGAUUCAGUGAUUCAUUUCUGAGAAGAUGUAAAGAAACAGUUUAAUUGUACAUCUGGAUCCCUAAACUACCAUGAAAGCUGCUGUCAAAUCGGGUCAGCAUUACAGCCCUCUGAAAUAUUUUUUCUCUGGCAGCAUGUCCUUGUUUUGCCUUAGGAAAGAAAUAAUGAAGGAAGAGGAUUUUAGAAGUCCAUAACGAUUGGUGAGAAGUCAAGGCCAUGACACAUUUUGUAGUUCUCUUUGAACAGUGGAACUUUUACAUUUUUUUUAAUGCUUAAACUAAAUUUAUAUUAAAUUUUAGACAGCACUGUACAUUAGCGUACUUGUGGACAAUUAAAUUGUUUUCUCAUGUGAGCAGAAACAUACCAAGGACACAACCAGGGUUAACAGAUGUUUUAGGGGCUACAAAAGUUGGCACAAUAGCUGUUUGUUAAUGCUGCUCGCUGUAGCAAUAAUGACAACAACAUGGCCAAGAUGACUGGUAUGACUUAAUGCAAAUACUAUGGACACGCUUUCAGCUUCAUCCACAACACCUGUGUUUGCUGCAGUGCCGGAAGAGCAAAGGACAGACGCCCCCACUGUACAUACUUAUACCUUAAGAAAACAACACAUCUUAGACUAUUUUAAUGGCAGUUGUACCUUUUGCAUCUGUUAAGGAAACUAUUACUCUGUCGUGAAGUGUUUAUACAUUUGAAUCAGUGAAUCAAUACGGUCUGUAUUUAUUCAUUUGAGCCGAGUUUCCAGACACACACAGCACACAGUGUUGUCCAGUGUAGCUCUGGUUUAUAUCUCUGUGACCUGGGAGGGACGGGAGGGGGGGGGGGGGGGGACCGUUGACGUGUGCCUGUGUUUGUGUGAAAGAAAGUCAGAGUGCUGCUGAAUAUGUUGUGAUCAUUGACAACCUGCCCUGAGCAGGAAUGUGAGAUGCCACUGAGGGAGAAAUGUCCUGUAUUCUUGCUUUAAUAGCACUUCAUUAUUCUCACCAAGAAAUCCUUUUACUCUCACAAGAAUGUCAAGGACACAGCCUGAGUGUGUGUGCGUGUGCGUGCGCGCUGAGUUGAACGCACCAUUGAAAAAGAGUUUCUCUAGCUGUUGUAUGUUUGUCCAUAAUAAUAUAUUUUUGUUCCAGUGCUGAUUUCUGAGGUGACACUUCACAAUAAAUGGCCUUAUUCCUCUGUGUAUUAAUGUACUGAAAAGUAUGUAAAUGCAUACCUGUAGGUAAUAUAUUCUUAGCACAAUGAAAGAGCAGUGUUCACGAGUGUUAUCACAGUGUUAUGAACUUAACUUUUCCACAGGAUCACACACUGUAAUAAGGCCAUUGUCACAUUAACUUUUGCCAUUUUAAAUGGUCUCAAAAUGUCCUUUAUUCUGUAUUAUUAAUAUUAUAAUUCUUCUCUCCAUUACAGUGAAUUGUGUUCAACGUGUAUAGCUCAGCAUAUUUAUGACACAGAAAUAUAUAAAUAUAUAAAUAUAUAUUAUCUUGUUCCCUUGGUAUGUUGUGUUGUGUGAGAAAUCAUAUGUGUAUUUUUGUACAUGCCAAUUCUGCUGCUGCUGUCUCUAUAGAAAGUAUAUUUGCUACAAAAUGCACCAUUUGUAUAUUGAGUACAUCUGAUGUCCAAUGCUCGCAAGAACAAAAUCUUAUUGAUUUUAAUAAAUGUUGCUCUUGUG